AUGUAUAGAGUACUGCUCCAUCUGAAUAUUGCAUGCAUUGAAUGCAUGGAAGGUUUCACUCUUUCCCUUACAAAGGAUUAUGAUGCUUACCAUAUUAAUCAGUGGAUAUCUGCCCUCUUAAACCGAGGAGUCAAAGAGCUUUCAAUAGAAUCAAACAGAAAUCUUGAGAUUUCCACACAUUCUCUUUGGAAAUCCCAGUCCUUACAGAAAUUGGUGCUGGAUAGGAAUGCUUGUGGUCUCCGAAUGAAUGUGAAUGCUUGUGCGGUCAAAGUACCUCCCCUUGUUUGUAUUUCAUCUCUCACCGUUCUUAAGUUGACUGGAAUCAAUGUUUAUUUUCCCAGAUCCGAUGGUCCAAACAUUUGA